AUGCUUGCCUCUCCUCCUAUUUCGGAGUGUACACCUCGUAUGGACCCUCUUCUUGAUCUCUCUACACCUUUAUUAAAAUACGAGCCUCUCUCACCGGUUGAGACACCUAAAGCUGAACUUCAAGAUAUAUCUAAUUCUGCCGUUGAUCUUCAGCCAUUUAUCAAAGCUCUCACUUUACUUGGAUCAUUACAACAAAACAACACCAGCAAUCACAACACCAUCAGCAAUAAACGCCCAAGAAACGACUCGAUAGAUGAACAACAACAAGAUUUAAUUGCUUUAAAACGACAAAGAAACACUGAUGCAGCCAGAAGGUCACGACAACGCAAGGCUAUGAAGAUGGAUGCUCUCGAAAAACGUGUGAUGGACUUGGAAGCUGAAAAUGAACGAUUAAGAUUACGCGCUGCAGUUGCCGAGAGUGAACGCGCCAACGUCGAAGCAAAAGAGAAGAGAAGUAGAGUCAGAAUCUUAGAACUAGAACGACAACUUGCCGACACUCACAAAGCACUAUUAAAAUACAACACAAAAGACAUCACAUUAUUACCAGCAACACCAACAAUAUCAACUUCAGCAAUCUAG